CACUAGUUUGUGUUGCGCUCGUUAUCACGCGGAUAUAUUUUAAUUCAUGAAGAUAAUAUUCGAAAGCACAGGCAAACGAGCAUCGUCAGGUGUGUCUAUAGAAACCAUUCGGAGGCUCACUAGUGAUGUGGCAUAGGUAAGGGUGAUACCGUUAGGUGCAGCAUCAAAAGCAAAAUGUUGACCUCCCUGGUGGAUCUGAGAUCGUUGAACUUGAUCAACUUUCUGUUCGUGCAGCUUAUUGUCAUCAUUGUACUGCUGGGUAGCCUGAUUGCCACCAUCGAGCGGCUCCUACCGACAGCCAUCAGUCAGACUUUUCGCUACGGAAAACAUGCCUACAAAGGACCCCAGGAUCGGUUCGUUUCCUUGCUGGAAGUGCCAAAGGCAUGGUUCAAGCAUUUCUACAUAUUCGCUGCCAUUUGGUCGCUGGCUGGAUUCUACUUCAUGGUGAAUGCGUAUUUUGCCGGUCGCGAGACUCCGAGCUAUGUGCUGGACUUUCUGGAUAUAAUGGCAACCACCAAACGGACGGCGCGAACAUCGCCCACAGAGACCAUGGUCGCCAUCAUGCUAAUCACGAUGCAGUGUUGGCGCCGUUUCUACGAAACCUGGUUCGUGCAGGUGUUCUCCCCCAAGCUUAAGAUGAACCUGUCCGCUUACCUGGUAGGUUACAUCCACUACUUUGGCACCGUUGUGGUUAUAUUGUCGCAGGCGGAAGGUUUCGUUCGAACCGACGGCUCUUUGCUGCCUUACCGAUUCGAGUUGUCUCCCCGGAUUGCACUGUGGAUAGCAAUAUUUUUCUACGCCUGGCGUUACCAGUUUCAGUCCAACCUCAUCCUGGCAAAUCUGCGGAAAGAUCGUUCCGGAAACGUUAUCAGCCAGCAGCAUUCCAUUCCACGGGGCGGUUACUUUCAGCUGGUUUCCUCGCCGCACAUGUUCUUCGAGAUCGUGAUGUACGUUGCCUUGUAUGCAAUCAUCGCGCGUAACACGUCUGCCUUGUACGUGCUCGCGUGGGUGCUCUCGAAUCAGACGAUGAAUGCUUGGCUUACGCACCAGUGGUAUCGGGAGAACUUCCAGGAUUACCCACCGACUAGGCGUGCCGUGUUUCCGUACGUGCUGUAAGGUAGGAGAGUGAAUGGUUUUGCGACGGUGGCUAAUAAACAGUUUAUUAUGUUUGCUCACAUAGCCGAGAUUGUUUUCGCAUAAGUCAUCAACCUUUGUCAAUCGCAAUUUGCAGGAGUAAUGUUUUUUGUUACUACCUUAGACUGUUAAGUUUAAAUCUUUCUACUAAUAUAUAACUACUAACAAGCGGUUUCUCCGGGAAUGGUGAUAAAUUCUAACAAUCACAAACAACAUGAUUCGUUCUUCUGUUGGAAUGUUGUUAUUUCAAUAAAACAAUUUAUUUAUACUUCCUACUUAGAUCACAAA